CGAAACGGCUACUUAUUAUUAUUUAUACAUUUGGUAUAUAUUUAACUAUUAUGGUUUAAUACCAUGAAAUUAUUGUCAUUUUUUAUUAUUAAAUUUUACUUGAGUAGUUUUGUUUGUGCAAGCGUAUCUAAAUAUUGUGAAAUAUGUGCAAAUCACACACUCUGUCUGUAUCAGAUUCCUGGACCCAGUACGGAAUGCACAGGUUAUGAUGAAAACAUGAUUCUUGGAAAAGCCGAAGCCAAUAUUAUUAUUAACCAAAUUAAUAUGCGUAGAAAUUUUAUUGCCACAGGACGCUCCAAGUAUCUACCAGCAGCAGCAAAUAUGAAUAAAAUUAAGUGGUCCGAAGAAUUAGCAACUUUUGCUCAGCGUUGGGUAGACCAAUGUGAUCAAAGUCCGAAUAAGGAAGAUAGCUGUCGGGACCUUGAAAAGACAAAAGUUGGCCAAAAUAUAGCAACAAUAGUCGGAUCAACACCUGGACUGAACAUUAAAAGUUUUAUUGAAAUGUGGUUUAUGAAAUCUAUUUACUAUAAUAGCAGUGUUACUUUUUACAAUCAAUCUGUUGACCACAAAGCAAAUUACUUCACACAAUUAAUUUGGGCUGAAACUGAAGAAGUGGGGUGUGGAAGAGCUAGAUUUGUGAUACAUAAUAAAAGGCCUAUCCUUAUUGAAAGACUUGUUUGCAAUUUCGCACCAACAGGCAACGUACAAGGAAAACCGAUAUAUAUUAUAGGAUACCCCGCCACUCAGUGUAAAAAUAGUAUGAAUCCUGAUAAAGCGUUUAUUGGCUUGUGUGAAACAAACAAUACACCAAAACCCCUAACAUUAAAAUAUAGAGAUAAAAUGUCUACAAGAAAUCCAUCUACCAGCUUCCUAAGAAUACUUAAUUUAUACAAUGAAUCAGCAACCCCUGAAAUGGAUCCUAUUAAAAUUUACCACAAUUCUAAACCAAACGUAAAAGUUUAUCAUGAAAAUAAUAAUUACUACAACAACCAUAAAUCAAAACUUAGAGAUUUACUAAGACAUCCAUACGAUGCUGUGAAACGCAGCUACCCUUUAGACGGUGAACACUUUUGGCGUAUUCCUAAUAACAAUACACGAGAUGACGCAGAAAAUUAUCAAAAAGAAAGAGGACAUUCGCGAGUGUACCACGGUCACAAUCAUAGAAAUGAAUUUGAUUUUUUACAUCCAGAAACGUCCUCAAUAGAUUCUAGGAGGUUUGAUAUGACCACCUACACCGUAAAUAUGUUUUCUAAUCAACAAUUUAGAAAACACAAUAGUGGCAACCGUUGUACAAGAAAAGGGGAAACUCAAACACAAACUGUUACAGAAUGCACACCAUGUGCUCAAACUGCUAAAUGUACAAGACGUCAGAUAAAUAAUUGUAAACAAUACCAAUUUCUGACCACAUCUGACUCUAUCCCACAUGAGUCAUGUCCGUGUAACACCUUUCAAAAUUCAUUUAAAACGAGAUUUAUGUCUUGUGAGCACAAUCGCAAAACUAAUUGUGGUUGUGCAGAUGAAAAUUGGUCAACUGAACCCUGUCGAAACAUGUUACGAACUUUGAAGGACAUUUCUGAAGACAGCAAUAGCAAUAAAGAUUCAUUUUAUGAUGACUUUCAUCCUAAUUUUCACUCUAAUAAUCCAAAAAUUGUAUCAAAAUCACAUCAUUAUGAGUCUUGGCUAAGAAGCAAUGAAAACGAGGAAAACUUUAAUAAAAAAAGAGUAUUCCACAGGAAUAGGAAGAGAAGUGUACCAGAAGAAGAAAUUAAUUUUAAACCAUUUUGGGAAGUCGAUGAAUAUUCUAGUAAUAAACAACCACAGUUGAAAUCUUUAAGAUUUACAACAUUAUCCAACAAGAAAAUUAAAUCCAAAAUACUUAAAAAAAAUACCAGAAACUCAGCUAAAACUGAGUCUAUCACGAUUCCAUUCGAAACACAACCGGCGUUAUCAAAUAAACGGGUUACAGAAAAGUAUUUGUCAUUUGACGAGUUAUUACAUCUCCGGAAAUAUAAUGCAGAACUUAACGCACGAAGAGCUAAUGAAGAAAGGGCUAGCUUUUCCAAUGACGGUAUUCAAAUACUCAGAGAAGGUACAACUAAAGCAACUACUAAAACUGCUGCAACUACUACGACUACUGCUACUACAGCAGGAAGUCCUUCUGAAUACACUGCUAAUACCCCAUAUAUUCGAAUGAAACAUUGCACACGUAAAUUGACUUGCACGUGGACUGCCGCUUCUAUGACUGACAGUAAUGGGAGUGUCAUAACUGGAGGCGCCGAUAACAUUGGAUCUAGAACACCGCCUGGCUACGUUGAAGGGUGUACCAGAACUUCUACUUGUACCAGAGACUACAUGAAUCGUAACAAAAUGGCAACAUUGCCCGUUGAUAUUACUAGCAUAGAAACUGAUAACGGUGACGAUGAAGAUUAUUGUGAACGUCGGUCUUUAAACAAACGAAAUAUAAAUAAAAAUAAAAUAAUUCAGAGACUUACAAAGCGGACAUCCAUCUCGUACAAUAUUAUUAAAUCGCCAAGGAGUAUUAACAGUAGAAUAAACCUAACACCAAAAAACUUAUUAAGUAACCGCAAAAUAAAAACAAAAAAUAGAAGUAAAAGAUUUACAACCAGCCGUAACAAUACACGAAAUUCAAAUAUCCAUAAAGUCAAAAGAGAAAAUAAGAUUCAGGCUGAGAAUAACUUAUUAUCAUAUGGUGAUAUUUACUAUCUUGUAACUAAAAAAAUACUUAAAAUGUGGAAAAAGAAAAGUAUCCAACAUAACCAAUUUUGCUUUUGUAAUCAUGUCUCAAAAUUAAAAAGUGAUUAUUAUAACAUCGCUUUGGUAUUUAUGUUAACUAUACUAAAAUAAAAAUGUAAUCAGUUUCAUUAACAAUUUAUUUGUCA